AUGACUAUUGCCGUCACCCUUACAAUUAAUAUUCACCUUGAAAGGAGUGACACUCCUAAUGAAAUCUAUUCAUUACAGCUAAAAGAUGGAGGCAAAGCAUCCCAGGCAAAUGUAAGAAUAGGCGAUGUGGUUCUCACCAUUGAUGGAAUAAGUGCACAUGGAAUGACUCAUCUUGAAGCCCAGAACAAGAUUAAGGGUUGUACAGGCUCUUUGAAUAUGACUCUGCAAAGGGCCUCUGCUACACCCAAGCCUGAGCCAGUCCCCGUUCAAAAGCCCACAGUCACCAGCGUGUGUUCCGAGACUGCUCAGGAGCUAGCAGAGGGGCAGAGAAGAGGAUCCCAGGGUGACAGUAAACAGCAAAAUGGGAAAACUCCACCUAAACGUCCACCAAGAAAACACAUCGUGGAGCGCAACACGGAGUUUUAUCACAUACCGACUCACAGUGAUGCCAGCAAGAAGAGACUGAUGGAGGACACUGAAGACUGGCGUCCGAGGACUGGAACAACUCAGUCUCGCUCUUUCCGAAUCCUCGCCCAAAUCACUGGGACUGAACAUCUGAAAGAAUCGGAAACUGAAAAUACAAAGAAGGCAAAGUUUGACAGUUCUUGGGAAGACCUACCUAGGAGUGGACCUCCCCGACCCACAGCACCUCAGGUUUUACAUAUUGGUAGCCAAGUAGCCACACUCUCCAAAGUGACUACAUAUUCUAGCAACACAAGCAGUGUGGCAACAAGUUCUUUGGAAGGUUUUCGAAACUUUUCUACCUUCUCUUCUCCUGCUAGAUACAGUGCUGCGGCUCUGAGCAGCGCAGCUGCUACUGUGUCUGCUGUUCUUGCUGCAAAAACCAGGCUCUCCAGUCCUGAUAAAUAUCACACACUCUUGGAUGCACUUAGCAUCAGCCCUGUUUCCAAGCCUUUAGCUUUUUCGUACCUCCAGGCCUCCAGGAAGUCAACUGGCUCUAUCCAUGUUAAGGAAGCAAGCAACACCCAGGAGACUCCUCAGCAAUUGGUCCCAUCAGUAGCUUCAGCUCGGAGCAUGCCUGAGAGACAGGAGAGCCCAGCGGCCACUAGACCAGGGGUGGCUGGUCUCACAACUGCUGCUGCCUUCAAACCUCCAGGAUCCACCAACGUUAUCAAAUCUCCAAGCUGGCAACAGCCAAACCAAGCAGCACUUUCCAGUGGAAGAAUCUCAAACAGUGCAGCCUCAUCAGGAGCAGUAGCACCAGCCAACUCAGCCAGGGGACAGCCCCAGUCACAUGACCAAGGCACUUUAGUGCAAAGAGCUGAGCACAUUCCUGCAGGGAAACGAACUCCAAUGUGUGCCCACUGUAACCAGGUCAUCAGGGGACCAUUCCUAGUGGCACUGGGGAAAUCUUGGCACCCAGAAGAGUUUAACUGUGCUCACUGCAAAAAUACAAUGGCCUACAUUGGAUUUGUAGAGGAAAAGGGAUCCCUGUAUUGUGAGCUGUGCUAUGAGAAAUUCUUCGCUCCUGAAUGUGGUCGAUGCCAAAGGAAGAUCCUUGGAGAGGUCAUCAAUGCUUUGAAACAAACUUGGCACGUUUCCUGUUUUGUGUGUGUGGCCUGUGGAAAACCCAUUCGUAAUAAUGUUUUUCAUUUGGAGGAUGGUGAACCAUACUGUGAGACUGAUUAUUAUGCCCUUUUUGGUACCAUAUGCCGUGGAUGUGAAUUUCCCAUAGAGGCUGGCGACAUGUUCCUGGAGGCCCUGGGCUUUACCUGGCAUGACACCUGCUUUGUAUGCUCAGUAUGUUGCGAAAGUUUGGAAGGUCAGACCUUUUUCUCCAAGAAGGACAAGCCACUUUGCAAGAAACAUGCUCAUUCUGUGAAUUUUUGAAAGUCAACAGCUCAGGGGAGGAGAAGAAAUUUGAAGAGAAAGAGAAGAAUUAGAAUUACCGAUGAGUUUUUA